CCUCACUCAGCUCGCAGCACUGAGGGACGCGGGGGCACGACGUACUGGAGGUGUUGACAAAAAAGGAAAGAAUUUAUAUCAAGUUGGGUUUCUUGCAGAUGUACACAGUGAUAAAAGGAACGCGUGCGGACUGACGUUUAGUUACGUACGGCAACCCCACACCGGAGGAGGAUCGACCAACGGGUAGUCACUAAAAGAAGUCGCUAGGCGAGGAGAAGUUGUUUGUUCCUUGAUCUGCCUUUCACCGCCUCUCCCUCCCGGCAGAACAGUGAGCUCACAGAAAGAUGGCGGCGCCCUUGGGAAGAUGUGGGCGUAUACUGGCGCCCGUGAGCAGCCUACGAAUGGGCGUGAGGACGUGCAGCCACAUCGGUGAGGGCGUACCUUAUCAAAAGACGAUGAAGGACCAGAAAGGGUCGUCAUCGGGUGGCAGCGUGCCCGAGUAUGCUGACGUGGUGGUGGUGGGCGGUGGAUCUCUGGGUUGCAACACCUUAUACCAUCUGGCGAAGCUCGGGGCCACCAAUACUGUGUUGCUGGAGGCUCACAAACUCACGGCAGGCACCACAUGGCAUACUGCGGGGCUGCUGUGGCGUCUGCGGCCAAGUGACACGGAGAUCGCCCUCAUCAACACCACACGAGAGAUGCUGGGUCGCCUGGAGGAGGAGACGGACAUCAACCCAGGAUGGAUCAAUAACGGAGGACUCUUCAUAGCCUCCACCAAGGAGAGGCUGAAGGAGUACCAGCGACUGCAGACGGUGGGACGGGUGAACGGUGUGGAGAGCUACAUUCUGGGUCCCGCAGAGACGAAAGAACUGUACCCACUCAUGAACGUGGAGGAUAUAGCUGGCACCCUCUACUGCCCCGGCGACGGUACGAUGGAUCCUGCGGGACUGUGUCAAGGCCUCACAAGAUGGGCCACGCAGGCUGGGGCGCGGGUGUUUGAGGAAUGCCCUGUUACGGAGAUCAAGACCCAGGAGACACUGCUUGGAGGGCGGCGAGUGACAGAGGUGCACACUCCACGCGGCGUCAUCAAGACCAAUGCUGUCGUCAACGCAACAGGCUGCUGGGCCAACGAUAUAGCAGGACUAGUGGGAGUGAAGGUACCCCUAGCACCCAUGAAACAUGCCUAUGUAGUCACGGAAAAGAUACCAGGCAUUGAAAACAUGCCAAAUGUUCGCGACCAUGAUGCGUCGGUGUACCUUCGUCUGCAGGGUGAUGCACUGUCCGUCGGCGGUUACGAGGUUAACCCGAUCUUCCUGGACAGGCUCGAUAAGGACUUCUCAUUUGGUCUGUAUGAGUUGGAUUGGGAUGUAUUUGGAGCUCACAUCGAGGGAGCCAUCAACCGCGUCCCAGUGCUCGAGAGGACAGGAAUCAAGUCGACAGUCUGUGGUCCCGAGUCCUUCACGCCUGACCACAAGCCUGUCAUGGGAGAGGACCCGAAUGUGGAGGGCUUCUUCCACUGCGUCGGGUUCAACAGUAGCGGAAUGAUGCUUGGGGGCGGCUGUGGAGACCAAAUGGCACGCUGGGUGCUCCACGGUCGACCAGAUCUUGAUAUGUUCGGUUAUGACAUCCGCCGCUACCACCCGCCACUCAACACUGAUAAGGCGUGGGUAGCAGCAAGGUCCCAUGAGUCCUAUGCCAAGAAUUACAGCAUUGUCUUCCCCCAUGAUGAGCCUCUAGCAGGACGUGGCCAACGCAAGUCAGCUGUUCAUCAGGAGCUGGAGGACGCAGGCUGUGUUUUCCAGGAACGGCAUGGCUGGGAGCGGCCUGGUUGGUUUGCCUCCUCCCCAAUGCCUGUCCUUCCUUAUGACUGGUAUGGAGCUUAUGAGACAACACCAUCCCAUGCAGAGGACCAAUACAAAGCUCUCCUCUUCAAUGACUACACCUUUGACUUCCCUUCUCACCAUCAUCAGAUUCAGCAGGAGUGUCUUGCAUGUCGGAAGCGUGUGGCCAUCUUCGACAUGUCCUAUUUUGGAAAGUACUUCUUGACGGGACCAGAUGCUCAGAAGGCUGCUGACUGGAUCUUCUCUGCCAACAUGGCCCGACAACCCGGUGCCACUAUAUACACCUGUAUGCUUAAUGCCAAGGGUGGUGUGGAGGCUGAUCUUACUGUGAGCGUGUGUGAAGGGGGCAGUGGGUCUGCAUGUGAUCCUGCCUUUGAAGGGCGUGGGUUCUACCUCGCAGCAGGCGGGGCGGCAGCACUGCAGAACCUCGCCCAUGUCACAAAGGAGAUCCGGAAGAAUAAAUGGAAUGUCUCCCUACUGGAUCACACGGAUGACAUGUCACUGCUGUCUGUGCAGGGCCGCCACAGCCGAACCCUCUUGCAGGAGCUGACAUCAGAAGACCUUGGAAAUGACUCCUUCCCCUUCUCCUCACACAAGGUCAUCACUGUUGCUGGCCACACUGUCCGUGCCCUCAGAGUCUCCUUUGUUGGAGAACUUGGCUGGGAGUUGCAUGUGCCAAAUGAGUCAGCACCAGCUGUGUACCGUGCUGUGAUGGAAGCAGGCAAGCCAUGGGGCAUCACUAACGCUGGCUACCGUGCCAUUGACUCUCUGUCCUGUGAGAAAGGUUACCGGCACUGGCAUGGUGACGUCCGUCCUGAUGACACACCCCUAGAGGCCGGCCUUGCCUUCACCUGCAAGCUGAAGACAGACACUAACUUCCUGGGACGAGCAGCUGUGGAGCAACAGAAGGCCGAGGGUAUUAAGAGGAAGCUAGUGACGCUUACGCUGCAGGACAGCACACAGCCUCUUUGGGGACUGGAGGCCAUUGUACGUGACGACAAGAUUGUGGGCUAUGCGCGGCGAGCAGAGUAUGCUUUUGCCCUGGGGCGUGCCAUUGCAUAUGGAUAUGUGCAUCGGCCUGAGGGAGGUGUUGUCAAUAAGGAAUUCCUGAGCACUGGUACGUGGCACCUUGAGUCCAUGGGUGUGAGUCUCCCUGCCACAGUACACCUCCGCCCACCUUUUGAUCCCAAGAAUCUACGGGUGAAGGGUGACUAUGAAGAUGUAGUACAAACAGAAAGGAGCAGUGCUCUGGCAAAUUAAAAAUAUGGCAUCAGUGCAAUGUCAGGUACAUUUGAUUUGACUGUUAUAGAUGCUGAGUGCCACAGUGACUGGAUGGCCACAGUCUCUCAGAACACUAUGGUCAUUCAUGGGCAGAAUGAAAUGGACAUGUAAGCCAAUUUUCAUUGUGAUAUCAGACUGAAUUUAUAAUAAUGUUAUGUAAUAUCUUUCAAACAACAAGUGCACGCCUAUUUCAAUAUAACCAUAAGCUAUUAUCAAAUCUAAGUGUCAGUUGUUCAAAGGUUACUUUUAAUACCACAUUACAACAUAACCAUUGUUAAGCAAGGUUUUUGCUCACUUACUGGACAUCAAGUUUUAGGUGGCAGCUUGUUUGAUCAGUUAUAUGACCAUAAGUGUCGUGAGCAGUUCCUUGUAUGAGCAGGGAAAAGGUCCUCAAGUUUCCUUGUGACAAAGAGGAACAGCACUAGCUGGAUGAAAUGCUCCAGUCCAUUAUGUGAUAUUUAGUUUCUCUUGGCAGAAUUAGCAAAGGUUGGAAUUUCUGCCUCAGGAAGCUGCUGUAACCUGACAGUUAGCAUGCCUAAACUGUGAGGUUAUCCUCCAGCAACCAACUUGUUAACUAAUUAUAAUAUCUGUUAUAGAAAUUGUUAUCUUAGAAACUAUUCAUCAAUCAUUGCAAUAACUUCACCAUAAUGAGAGAGAGAGAGAGAGAGAGAGAGAGAGAGAGAGAGAGAGAGAGAGAGAGAGAGAGAGAGAGAGAGAGAGAGAGAGAGAGAGAGAUGGGUUUUUGUGGCAAAUGAGUACUGUAGCAAGGGGUAGGCUAGUAGGUGAUGGAUGAGUACAACAAGCUUGACACCAGCAAAAAGCUUUAAGGAAAGAUUAUACAAAUUUAUGGUUUUCAGUGAAAAAUUAUGUUUUGUAACCAGGAGCUUUUUAGUGUAGGCUUACAAGUUAGUUAUGUAUUGUUAUCUUUUUAUAAUCUACAUCAGCAAUCCAUCUUGAGAUUAUUCAGUGAUUAAUCAAAACAACUGUGAAUCUGGAGACAUAAUAAUGCAGCUGUUAGCCCAGAGGUCCAUGUUAGGUAUAACAUAACAUUUUUCAUUCUGAUGACUACCUACUCUAUUCAGCUAGGUAGUGGUGAUGUGAUAUUUUGUUUAAGAGCUCUCAAGAAGCAGGGCAAAUAUAUUCCAUACAUUCCCCUCUAGAAAACUAUGAAAUCAGCAGCAUGAAAUGUGUCUUGUUCUUGUGUUGUCCUAGUCUUGCAUUGUCCUGUCCCUGAUGUAUCCUACCUUGUUUUCCAUAAUAAAGUAUUACUGAAAGCA